CUUUCCUUGGGAAGGCAGUGAAGCGGGGAAGCAGGGGCUGUGCGCACGGAGAUUUCGUGCAUGAGUUUCAGGAUCGGGCUGGUUUCUCGUGCUCUAGUAUAAGGACCCUGGACCCGAGGAUGGCUUUGAGCUCCCGGGCUCACGCUUUCUCAGUGGAAGCUUUGGUCGGGAAACCAACGAAGAGGAAAAUUGAGGAUUGUAGAGAGGAAAAAAGUACUAACGAUACUUUGGAGCAGGAAGAAGAAAAUGUUCCAUGCGCAAAGAUUGAAGCAGAUGAACUUGGAAAACGAAGUAAACUGGACUCUUUCAUUCGGAAAUCCUCUGGGGUUGAAAAGUCUGGUUCUGAGAACGAUAUUCAAAUGGGAUUACAGGGCUCGGACCUGUGGAAGAGAUUUCACGAGAUUGGAACAGAGAUGAUCAUUACGAAAGCCGGGAGGAGGAUGUUCCCUUCUGUGCGAGUGAAGGCGAAGGAACUGGAUCCCUUUAAACAGUACUAUAUAGCAAUGGACAUUGUCCCUGUGGAUUCCAAAAGAUACAGGUAUGUGUACCAUAGUUCGCAGUGGAUGGUAGCGGGAAACACCGACCACUCCUGUGUAACGCCCAGGCUGUAUAUCCACCCAGACUCACCGUGCUCUGGGGAGACUUGGAUGAGGCAGGUCAUUAGUUUCGACCGGGUUAAACUCACCAACAACGAGAUGGACGACAAGGGCCAUCUCAUUCUGCAGUCCAUGCACAAGUAUACUCCGCGGGUCCACGUUAUCCUGCACGAUCCCAGGUUUGACUUGUCGCAGAUUCAGUCUUUGCCAGCUGAGGGCGUGACGACAUUCUCCUUUAGAGAGACAGAAUUCACCACCGUCACCGCCUACCAAAAUCAACAGAUCACUAAACUAAAAAUAGACAGGAACCCCUUUGCCAAGGGUUUCAGAGAUCCUGGAAGAAACAGGGGUGAUCUUGAUGGUAUCCUGGACACCUAUCCCUGGAGGUCCCCUCUGAACUUUGACUUUAAGCCUUUUGCUGUGGAGAGCCAAGGAGGAAGCUCAAGUUCCCCCUCCAGCUGUGGGACCCUUUCCCCUCUGAAUGGGCUGCUCUCUCCCCCCUGCUCCCCUCCAUCUUUUCUGCUGUCGCGCAGCUCUUUCAGGUUGCCCUGCUCAGACAGCCUGGGUCUGCCCCUUUGCUACAAGAUGUGUUCCCCCACGAGCCUGAUAAGGACCCGGCCUUUCAGCCUGCCAGGCCACGACAGGCUACAGGGCAGCAGCUCCCCAGGGCUACCAGUGCUGAACAACUUCCCCUUCCUGUCUUCAUUGGACAUCUCAACACUGCAGAGCAGGAAGGGAGGGGACUGCAGGGGGCAGUGUCUUCAGGGUGCUCCAGGCUCUCCACAUCAGCCUCAUCUACACAGGGUGCACCCGUCAGGCAACGUGGGUAUCCCUCCCUCACCUCUUCCGCACAUCCCUGCUCCCCUGCGCUCUCCCUACAAUCUCUACGGCUACAAUCUGCCAGUGGCAUCAAGGCUAGCUGACAUGACGAGACAUUUUAAACUUGCCGAGAACAGUUCUGCUUCUUCCAGAGAUGAACGAUUUGCUCAGGUGCCUUGGCACCCCACAGUGGACCAGUGUCUUUGAGAGGUAUUCUGAGAACUACAGGGAUUUCAAUAUUUAUACUGUGCAAAUAAACCGACAACCUCAAAAUUAUUCUUCGAUUUUACAUACCUGUCUGCUCGGUCCUACUUGGUGCCUUUUAUAGACUUUCUUACUUAGCCAAACAAACUGACAAGACUUGUAGCAGUAGGUGAUUAAAAAAUAAAUUUGUGUGGUGUAUCUUAAACCAUGCUUUCUUAUUUACAUUUGCUCUAUGUGUUAUUUCUCCCUGGCAUUUUGUAUACGUCCAGGAGCAAAGUGUUACAAGAGGAAUGUAUUAGUCACGAUGAAUAGGACGUUUCAUAUACCAAGCUGCUCUAACUUAUAGCUCAGGAAGAAAGACAUUUAAAAAAAGUAUUAAUAAGGUGUUUUUAUUUGAACUUAAAAAGGACAAAAUACACAUUGUGUACAUUUUAUGAUGUGCUUUUAAGGGAACAGGGCCAGGGGUAAUAAUUUGACCCUGUUCACA